AGCAAAGACGGCAAAACUAAGUCGUUUGACCAAAAUGCGGACGGCUGUGCAAAAUCUGAUGCGGUGAACAUGCUGCUCCUACAGAAAGCUAAGGACGCUAAAAGGAUUUAUGCAGAGGUAGUCCACGUGAAAAGCGAGUUCACAGAAUUGCUGGAAACAGAGGUAGGCCCUAAGUUUGGGUUCUGCAGAGACUCUCAAGUUGCUGCCCGUUUCAUGAACGAAUUUUACACGGAAGCUGGAGUGCCUCCACACGCAGUCGAAUAUGUAGAAGCUUUUGGUGCAGCUGGCUCAGAGGCUGAUAAAGAAGAGCUGGAGGCGAUUGAGACGGUGUUUUGCAAAGAGCGCCAUGAACCCCUCUUAGUCGGCAGUGUUAUGUCCAACAUCGGGUACACACAGGCAGCUUCUGGCAUUUCUGCGAUUACUAAGGUUAUACUAGGCUAUCAGAGAGCCGAGUUGGCCGCCAACAUGCACUGUACAACUCCUCGUCAAGACAUAGAGGCUAUCCGCGACGGGCGUAUGAAAGUCGUCACUGAGCACACUCCGAUCAAUCCAAUAGCUUACGUAGCUGUCAACAGCAAUGCGGUCACUGGAAUUAACGCCCACGCUCUGCUUAAGGGCUACUAUAAGCCUAAGGACCGAAAUCGUUACAAGUGUAACUUUCCGCGCCUAGUGACGAUUUCAGCAAGACAAGACAUAAAUAUCCAAAACACCCUCAAUGACUUGAAGAACCGACCGAUCGAUCCUGAAGAAAUUGCCCUGUUCCACAAUAUACACAAGCACAGGAUCUCUGGUUAUUUAGGCAGAGGCUACAUUAUUCUAGAUACCGAUGAGGAACAGAAGACAGUGUGCCUUGAAGAAACGGUGGCUGUCUUUGACGAUACCAAGCGCCCGCUCUGGUACGUGUACAGCGGAAUGGGCUCACAGUGGGCAGGCAUGGGAGUGCACCUUAUGCGUAUUCCCAUCUUCGCCGCCGCUAUUGAGCGCUGUCGUAUUGCCCUAGAGCCAAAAGGUAUCGACAUCGUGCACAUAAUCACGUCCCCGGACAAGACGAUUUUCGACAAUAUCCUGAACUCUUUCGUUGGCAUCGCUGCCAUACAGAUCGGUCUGACAGAUGUGCUCAAAUCUAUUGGACUUGAACCAGACAAAGUCAUAGGUCAUAGCGUAGGCGAGCUGGGUUGCGCAUACGCCGACGGUUGCUUCACUGCUGAGGAGAUGAUCCUUUCUGCAUACAGUCGUGGGCUGGUCUCAAUUCAAACGCCUUUCAUUCACGGCUCUAUGGCUGCGGUGGGAUUGGGAUGCGAGAAGGUGUUAGAAAUGCUUCCACCGGAAAUCGAAGUGGCAUGUCACAAUAGUUCCGAGUCAAGCACCAUAUCAGGGCCGUCUGAUAUAAUGAAGAAAUUCGUUGCCAAGUUGAGAGCUGAGGGCAUCUUCGCCAAAGAGGUGCCGUGCUCCAAUAUCGCUUACCACUCGCGAUACAUUGCUGAAGCUGGUCCUGGUCUCCUGAAGUAUUUGAGUGAAAUAAUCAAGGAUCCAAAGGAGCGCAGCGAGCGAUGGGUGUCAACGUCAGUACCUCAAGAAAAGUGGGGAGAGCCUACUGCCAAAUAUUCUUCUGCAGAAUACCACACUAAUAACCUACUGAAUCCAGUACUGUUCGAAGAGACUGCUCAAUUGAUACCAACGAAUGCGGUCCUCGUAGAAAUUGCUCCUCACGGUUUGUUGCAAGCUAUCUUGAAGAGAUCGAUGCCCAGCUGCAACAAUAUCCCUCUCACCAGACGGGGGCAUCCCGACAACGCGAUAAUGGUUCUUGAUGCUAUUGGCAAACUAUUUAUCGACGGAUACAACCUGGAUAUCGCCGCUCUGUAUCCAACAAUACAGUUCCCCGUCUCCACAAACACACCGAUGCUGUCUCAUUUUGUUGAAUGGGCUCACACUGAAAAAUGGAAUGUGCCACUCUACAAAAAGGGAUCGACGCAAAAAAAUCCAAUAUGCAAUUUCGUGCCAUCGAUCUUCGACGAUGAACACAGCUAUUUACAAGGACAUGUGUUAAGAGGCAAGAACCCGUUACCGUUUGCGGCGGCAAUAGAAGCGGUAUGGGACACGUACGCAAUGAUUCAGGGCUCACCACGGCGACAGUUACAAGUCGAACUCCGUGAUGUGUGUCUGUUUGUGCAGCCGCCGCUGCAUGCAACGCGAGCGACGCGCUUGCGCGUUUAUUAUUUCCGCGGUAGCGGCAAAUUUGAGGUACAUAAUGAAAUGGGGCUUGUAGCAUCGGGCUUUAUCGACAAAGGUCUUUGUCUUGAUAUGGAACAUUUCCGAAGCGCAUUUGAGUCAAAAGAAACGAUGGAUCUUGUUUCUGACGAUGUGUAUCAACUCUUUCACGAGAAGGAUUACCAAUAUGAAGGUGAAUUCCGCUCUAUUCACAGAGCAAACUCGUCGUUUACUGAAGCUCAAAUAAUCUGGAAAAACAACUGGGUAACUUUAUUGGAUGGAAUGCUACAGUUGGAUAACUUGAGGCAAUCGCACUCUUCUUUCUCUACACCCACUAAAAUUAGGAGGAUUAUGAUAGACAAUAAUAGGGUGACAGACGACAAUAUAAUAAAGGAACACGAUAAAAAAUUGCUAGUAGCUCAAGUUUUCGAGAAAUAUGAUUACAUGAGAUGCGGUGGUAUUUUAUUAGAAAGUAUUAGGUACCAAGAAAUAUCGAUUACAGAUGAAAUUUCAGCCAAUCUGGAGAUUGUAGAAUUUGUUCCCCACUUUGAUGCUGAUAUCGAUACAGCCGUCGCCUGGAAAGUUUACUUGCAAAUAGUAUCCGAAAAUAUCAACAAGGGUACUAUCAAUAUAGUGGGAAUUACAAAUCAAGCGAAGGAUACGUUUUGCGACCUAAAAGUUGGCCUCCAUAGCAUUGCUGGAAUAAGUUUUAACUAUAGCGAAAUAAGUACGGAUAAGAUGUUGACACUGGAGGAAAAUUUUCUUUCUGAAACUGAUUUGGUCCUGGUUCAGAACCUAUCGUUGGAUGAACACAUGGGCCAAAUACUAUACCGUGUAUUGAAACGAGACACUUUCAUCGUGAAUCGAGAAGAGACUGUCAAUGAUCGCGUACGACCAUCAGCUCUUUACAGUGUGCUGUCUUCACACAGCAUAAAUAAUACAAAACUGGAACUGUUGAAAUGGAGACCCACACACGUGGCUUCAGAGUCUGCUGUUGGUAUUUGGGGUGGUGAGUAUUACUUGCCAUGCCCUGAAGUGAAAGCAGUGGAAAAUAGAAUGGUACUUCAAAGCGGUCACGUUGGAGAUAUUAACUCUAUGUUCUGGACGGAAACCUCAGACGUUGAAAAUUCUAAAUUGAAGGUUGUGGUUCAUUACGCAGCGUUGAGCAAUUUGGACAUGCAAAAAGCAACCAGUGUGGUUCCAGUCAUAACUGAUCAUCUUAACAGCAAUUGCUACGGAAUGGACUUCAGUGGAGUGACUGAGACCGGCGAGCGAGUGAUGGGUUUGCUACCUAGAGGUGCAGCAAGUACUACGGUGUUAGCAAUCCCCGAACUGGUGUGGCCUGUCCCUAAACACUGGACCCUCGAAGACGCUGUCACCAUACCCUCUGCUUUCGCUCACGCUUACUAUAUCCUUCGCCAGAAAAUGGACUUUAUUGCACACAAGCAUUCCAUAUUAAUUCACGGAGGAGCUGGUGCAUUGGGACAAGCCCUAAUCUCAAUCGCGCUCUCGACGGGUAGCGAAGUAUUUACUACAGUGAGCGACAUAUCGAAGAAGCGUUUUUUGACUAGACUCUUUCCACAACUGAAAGAGGAUCACAUUUUCAAUUCCCGUGACCCUUCAUUCUCGGAUAUGGUCAUACUUCAGACCAAUGGAAAGGGAUGUUCUGUUGUUGUCACAGCAGCUAAAGGGGAACUUAAAGAGAUGUACUGUAAAGUUUGCAAGCAUUCCGGUUUCGUGGUCGAUGUCGAUCAGAUCAACAGCCAAGAAAACUUUACUUACAAGAUGUUUUACCUAACUCGUGGUCGAAAUUACGCGCGCGUUAAUUUCAACGACCUUUUCAGCGAUCCUGAGGCUAUCAAAGCGAUUCAAACUUUGAUGAGCGAAGGUAUCGCCCGUGGUUUUGUGCGUCCUCUGUCGCGAGUUAUCUACGACGCAGUUGAUGUUCCACGUGCGUUGAAUCUAUUGGCUUCAUCGGCUCAUCGUGGCCGAGUAUUACUGCGAAUGCACCAGAAAGUGCCAGUCUGGCAGUCAAGGGUCACCUGUUCGCCAGCACUUUCGCACGUGGUGGUUUGUGCCGACGAAAUCGUUGGCAUCCAAUUAUCUGACAGAUUGGUUCGUCGCGGAGCGAAGAAAUUGUUAUUACACAUCUGCUCAUCCUCUGGCUAUCUUCGACAAAAAAUUCGUUCAUGGGAAAAGAAUGGCGUGAACGUGCAAAUCGCAACUGCAGACUUAGACACGAAGGGCGUGACGAAUCUUUUGAAUGUAAGCAAUCACAUUGGACCAGUCGAGGGUAUAUAUAUGAUCGUGAACAAUUGUCAUGGAAAUAAAGUAGUUGACUAUUUAUCAACGUUGACAAAUUUGGACUUGGUGUCAAGGAGACUGUGCCCAUCAUUAAGGUACUUCGCAGUAAUCAACUUAGGAAGCAACAUCGGAAGGAAGACGUGUCUGGAAAGAUCUCGUCUUGGUUUACCUGCUACAACAAUUGACUUAUAUGCGUUUUCCAAUUCUGACGAGGCAGUGUCCGGAAAGCUGACAUGGCGUAGUUUGAUCGACGCCACUGAGGCUGCCGUAUGCAGUGCUCAAGUGGAUGUUGCUGCUUUCCCGCAGAGACGAGUGGCGAAGACAGUCACUGAACAAAUAGCGGACUUGGCUGGUAUACAAUUGUCGGACGAUCCUGAAAUGACGUAUCUUGUGAAUCCUGCCAAAGUGCCAAUAAUUCAGACAUUCCUUAGAACUAUGCACAAUGUCCCUAUUGAUGCUGAGGAUUUAAUCACGUUGACAGCUGCUAAGCUAAGAAGCAUCGAAGAGUACCUAGGGGAAGAAGUAAGAAAGGAGUUGCAUGGCCUGGGCACCUUCUACUCCUGCGAACACUUCGAUGAAUUAAAGGGUACCAUUCCCGUGGUGCCGCUGCAGACUCUUACCGAAGCAGAGCCACAGGAUUAUGAAUACUUCGAUGUAACGAAGCGAUAUGUAUGCAUAGUACCAGGCUUAGAAGGGCAUUAUGCACGUUUCCGCUUGAUGUGCGAGCGAUUCAAGACAGGGGCGGUGGUGCUUCAGCCCAGCCUUGACUGCCCUUAUGACACAGCGGAGCAGACAGCUGAUAAAUAUGCCCAGUUACUCCGAGACAAAGUGAAUAUUCAAGACAAUUUUUACCUGGUGGGUUACGAGAGCGGUGUUCUGGUUGUGUUGGAACUCGCUGCCAUUUUGGAAGGGUGCGGUCUUAAAGGCACCGUGUUUUGCAUUGGUGGCGCCCCCGAAGAGUUCCAGGCGACCCUCAAACACGAGCUAAGAGAGUACCAAUCGGAUGAGGAGCUGCAGAACGCCGUCAUCAGGCACAUGUUUGUGUUGAUGAAGGGGGACGAUGAUGGGCUAGAUGAGGUGCUGGAAAAGGUAUCCACAUUUAAAGAGAGGAUAGAUGUGUGCGUGCGACUGUUGCUCGGACGAGUGCCUCACUCAGCGCAGUACGCGAAAACGCUAAUCUUGUCUGCAUACACGCGGAUCAAGCUAGCACUGCAGUACAAACCACAGCCGAGGCAGCUCAACUCUAGAGUAAUUCUCCUACACUCACCAUCGAUGAUACUUGAAGACCCUCGCGACACCCCAGUAACAUUACUCCAACAGUACUCCAAACAACCAGUCGUAGUUCACGAGCUGCAUGAACCUCUAGCACACGCCGCCCUCGAUCUUCGUAUCUCGGCAAUCAUCAACACCUAUUUCGAUAAAAACAUCAAAGAGGCUUACGAAAAAGCCAAUCUAUGCGAAAAUCACAGUUUUCUAGGUGAUCUAUGCAGUGCCACUCAAUACUUUGAUUGGAGUUAAUGUUAAUACUGUAACUCUUUGAACGCAAUUAGAGUUCUGUGUUUAGUUGUUUAGAUUCAUUUAGGUGUAGAUUUGUGGUUUAUUUUUGAAAUAAAUGUAUUCUUGUUUGAGCAAAUUGCGUUAAGUUCCUUCGAUAUUGUUUUAGUCUCUUGUAAAAAUAAAUUAGUUAGUAAAACA